CCCCGCUCCGAGUCCGAUCCAUCCGAUCCAACCACCGCCUUCCCAUCCCGGCCGUGCAACGCCACGCCAGUACGCCACGCAGGGAGGUGGAGGAGCAGGGCAGGAGGGAUCCCCACAAAAACAGCGGCACCAGCGGCAGCGAGCCGGGUUAGACAGAGGAGUCACGCGACGAGCGAGCGAGCGAGCGAGAAAAACGAGGCGAGAGCUCCGACCCAGCCAAGCCCGAAUCUGAAUGGCCUCCGCCACCCCGGCGGUGCCCGACCCCGCCCUCGGCCUCCGCCACCCCGGCGCUCUCGCCCGCCGCAUCGCCAUGGCGCGCGGCGCCGCCGUCGCGCCAGCGCUCCGUCCCUGGCUCCUCUUCGACGCCGUGCCCCUCGUCGUCGUCGUCCUCAUCGCCGCGCACGUCCUCGCCCUCGGCUACUGGAUCUACAGGCUCGCCACCGACGGGUCCAAGCACCCUGCGCGGAGCAAGAAACACUAGACAGCAGCCGCAGGCCCGCAGUGGCUGCCUGGAUGCUUGUAGCUUGUUAGCCGUCUAGGUUUUUGCAUCUCUGCUUGUCAAUCUCCAAGGUUUCCCGUGUAAAGUGAUGGCGUGGCGAAACUCAUGAAAGAAGUGGAGGUAGGAAACCUGUCACUCGGAUUGAUCUGUUCAGAUGUUGGUUUCGAAUCGUGGCGUGAGCUGGUGCGUGGAAAGGACCUUCUAUGGCCAUACAUAGCAUAUUGAGUUGUUGAAAAGAUCUGUCUACUCAUAGAUGAUGUUUCUGUGUAAAAGACCAUUAGCUAGAUAAGUGCUCCCAUUUUCAUCUGAUGUGGGCUUGUAUAAUCUUUACGAGAGCAUCUUUUUCUUUGCCCCUGACCAUGUAAGGUUGGCAUGGAAGUUUCUACCCUGUCUGAACAAGUUGGUCAUGGCACUGCAACUGCUUGCUCAUGUGCGCACCUCCA